AUGUUCAGGUUUAGCCAUCAGCAAAGGUGGCAACCCUACAUCAAACUGAAAUGUUGUUUAAAAAUUAGUAAAAUUCCAUCUAUUUCCGCAUGAAGCAGUUAAAAAAAAUAGUAAAAUAGAGGAGAGGAAAAUCUUAACAAUUUCCCACAACACCGGAAUCGAAGGCGCCAAUAAAAGCAACAAACACUUCCGCAUUCCUUUAAGCUCUCUAUGGCUGUGAGACGCUCUGUUCCCCAUCUUGUGCACCGUGGGAGGACUGGAGCCCACUGACAGGCAGAAGUGAAGCGUGCCCCGUUCUAAUUUGACAAAAAAAAAAGAAGCAAAGCCAGAGAGUGCUGAGGAUUCGUGUCGCAGCGGCUUGUUGUCUGUGUCUAGGGCUCAGCAUGCGGCUGUUACUCAGGCUCCGUGUGGCGUGUCACACAACUCUGUUUAUCAGCAGAUCGUUGAUGACAACAGGUGCAUCUCAUUCUAAGGGCCGACUACCUGAUAUGACUGAAGGAAAUACAUUUAUCCAUGUUAAUGAUGUGCGUGACAGACUGAGAGCUAUAGUAGGAGCAUCCACCAACUGGAGCGAUCAUGUUCAAGUCAUGGAAGAAAGGAAGUCCUUACAGUCUUUACUGGCGAGCAAGCAAGAAGUUCUUCCCCCACGCAAAAUGAGGGACAGCUACAUUGAAGUCAUGCUGCCUCUUGGUAGCCAGCCACAGAUAAGAGAGAAAUACCUCAACGUGUACAAUAAUGUUAGGUUUGGCAGAAUUCUUGAAGACCUAGACAGUUUAGGAGUGCUCAUUUGUUACACACAUACAAAGUCGGAAUUGCGUCAGACAUCACCUUUAUCAAUUGUCACAGCCUUGGUGGACAAGAUAGAUCUCCGGAAACAUCUUAUCUAUCCUGACAGUGAUAUCAAGAUUACUGGGCAUGUUUCUUGGGUUGGAAAAACAUCAAUGGAAGUCAAAAUGCAUAUGUUGCAGCUCCAUGAUGGUGCUUUCAGCCCUGUGCUAGAUGCAACAUUUGUAAUGGUGGCCAGAGAUCCUGAGAAUAAAAGGCCGGCUUUUGUCAAUCCAUUAAUUCCUGAUGGUCCUGAAGAGGAGAAUCUUUUCAAACAAGGAGAGCUGAACAAAACGAGGAGGGUUGAUUUUAGCACUGCAUCUCUGCUGAAAACGGCUCCAACUGCAGAUGAACGUCAGGUCGUGCAUGAUAUGUUUCUGAACACGCUUGACCAACGGACUGUGAGCUUUCGAAGUCGAAUUCUGCCUCCUAAUUCUGUGUGGAUGGAAGAUACAAAACUCAAGAGCUUAGAGAUCUGCCACCCUCAGGAAAGAAACAUAUUCAACAGGAUUUUUGGUGGAUUUUUAAUGAGGAAAGCAUAUGAGCUAGGCUGGGCCACUGCCUGCUCUUUUGGCGGUUCAAGACCCUAUGUUGUAGCUGUUGAUGAUAUUAUGUUCCAAAGACCUGUGGAAAUUGGAUCACUGCUGUUCCUUUCUGCACAGGUGUGUUACACAGAGAGCAAGUACAUUCAGGUCAGAGUGCACAGCGAAGUUUCUGACCCCAUCACCAGAGAACACCAUACCACGAACAUCUUUCAUUUCACAUUCAUGUCAGAUAAAGAAGUUCUCCAUAUAGUGCCGCAGACAUAUGGAGAAUCAAUGCUAUAUUUGGAUGGAAAGCGACAUUUUGAUGCGACCGUCAAAAGCAGAAAUGGACAGAAUGGCAGCGUAUAAACAAAAUGCACAUUGAACACUACUUUUCUCAACCUUAUGAACAAUCAUGUGUUUCAUAGGCCGGAGAUGCUUGCUGCUGCUUUUACAUAAACUGUACCCUUUAAAGAAGAAAACAGCCAUCAAUUACUGCACUUCAUUUCUUAUCAAAUCGAUCAAAUCAACUUUACUUGUACUUAAAUGUCUGAAAACUGUCUUGUCACCAAAGCAUCAGUGAAACAUGACUGUGGUUAUCUGCAAAGCUCAAGUCACUAGUAGCAGAUUUCAUAGUGAUGGAUACAAACCAUGCCGUCCUAAAUUUGGACCUGUAAGUAAAAAACAAAUGUGAAAUGCAGCCCAGACCAGACUUUAGGAUAUUGAGUUUCCAGUACUAUAUAAGAAAUAAACAUGGAAUCUUUCUGUGUGUUCCCCUCUGUAAACAUUAAAAGAGCUGCUUGAAGGUUGUGCUUCCAGUAACUGCAUGCUUCACAAGAGCUAUGGCCAGCUGCAGAAUCAAAUGUAUGCAUGCUAGACAAGCCUUAUUUUUAAAAGGUCAAUAAAGGUUUUUUUCUGUGUUUA